CUACAAUGCAGGCACAUACUAGUUGAUUAUAUAAUACAACAACUAGAAGCUUUACCAUCUGGGCCAACCUCUACUCCAAAAAAGGUUUCUCUGGUUAAAACUUUAUCUUUCAUAUUAACUGGUGAUAUUCCUCUUGUUGGACUUUCAAUACUUGAAGUUUUAGAUUGUUUACUUCAUUUAUUGUUAAGUUCUUUGAAAAAUUGUGAUUCCAUUAAUUAUUUUGAAAAUGCUGCUGACUCUAAUGAUUCUAAUUUAAUAAUUUGUCAACAACUUAUCUUUUGCAUUGGUGGUUUGGCAACUCAUAUUUACUAUGCAAAUCAAGUCUGUGAUAUCAUUGAAUAUAUUAUUCAACAUUUACAUAUACAUCCUGAGCAAACUGAACUCUCUCAACAAGGAAGUAGCCAAAGUUCAAUUAUAGAAGGUGUUCCAUUAUCUGAAUUACGUAAAACAUUAUUGAAAUGUUUAGACAUAGUUGUAAGAAAUAGUAAGGAAACUGAGAUAAGACAUUCUGAAAUUACGAGAAGUGAAGUUCCUGUAGAAGUAUUUCAUAGUUCAAUUGAUUUGUGUGUAGAUGAAGAUCUAACCAUUUAUUUCUUAAAUUCUCUUCAUGUUUCACUAUAUCAGUAUGCAAUAUUAAAAAUUGCUCAGCCUGCUGAUCAUGUGGCUUUAUUAUCAUUACUACGUGCUUUACUGGUUCGAUUUAGAGCUGAUCAAAUAAUUCGUGGUGUUCCAUCAGAUGCAAAAGAUGAAACACUUGAGGGUUUUGCUCAGCAAAGAGCAUUAGCAAGUGUUAUUUUAUUAUAUUUUCGUGAUAUUGCCUCAGUAUUGGAUCUUCCAAAAUUACAUGAAUAUAUUGAUAAGGUUCAGGCUGAACGCAUGGACAAACACCAAUGGUCAACUUAUAUAAAUGCUAUUUCAUCUGAAAACAAUAUAAAUGAUACAACAAAUAUUGUAAAAUCUUUUGAGGAUGAAAUUCAUGAUGAAAAUAAUACUCCUUUACAACCUGUUGAUGUUUGGCUCGAUCGACAAACAAUUGUAUCAAUACUUUGUCAACAUAAAGAAUUAAUAGACAUUGGUGGUAAAGAUUUAGAAGUCAGAUUAAUGACUGAAUGGAGACCAGAUGAAGGUUUUGAAAGUGUUAAAAAAGAAGGUUAUCGAAUUAGAUCAAGCAGAAUAUUAGAGAAUGAUAAACCUCGUAUAACUAUUACUCCAUUUCUUAUGUCUUUAGAAGAUAGUUCUGGUGAUUUGCCUAAGGCAUCUAUCAAGGUGGAGAACCUUAAGGAUGCUCUUGCAGUUCAAGUAACCAAUGAUUCAUCUGAACAUGACACAUCCGUGGCAUCAGACAUUGAGUCUUUGAACAUG